ACAACAGUAUAUAAAUUCAUCUCCUCCUCAACUCUCUGCAACUCCACCCUACCCCCCCCCCCCCCCACCCUAACCAAACAUUCUCAAAAAUGCUAUCCGGACCCAACAAUAUUAUCUGGAUGGACGAUGAAACAAACAACCAAACACCCACAACAAACGAAGACAAUGCUACUUUCAAAUCAAUGCUAGAAGUUGAUGAUGAAACCAACAACAACAAUUGGUUCUUGCAACCACCCAACAACUUAUUAUUACAACCUUCUUCAUCUUGUUCACCAAAUUCUGCUUUUCAAACCCUUGACCCGACCCAUGUAAACUUCUUUUUACCCCCACCAAAACCCACAGUUUUGACCCAUCAUAAUUCUUUGAAUGAAACCUUUGAUCUCGGGUUUGGAAAUGGUGUUGUUCUACCCGGGUUUUGUGAUCUGGGUUCGGAUCCUCAGUUUGGUAGUAGUAGUAGUAACCAUUUGGUUCAGUUGACUGGAAACGGGUUCGGGUCAGUGACACCCGGGUUCCCGUUUUCGGAUAAUGGGUUGCUGUUUAACCGGUCUAAGUUGCUUAAACCGUUGGAUAACUUUGGUUCCACUAGUGGACCACCUACUUUGUUUCAAAAAAGAGCUUUGAGGCGGAGUUUGAGUGACGUGGACGGUGGUGGUUUGGGUGAAGGGAUGAAUGAUAAGAAGAGGAAGAUGAGUGGUGGAAGUUGGGAUGAUGUGGAUAAUUUGAGUUUGGAUGGGUCGGGUUUGAAUUAUGAUUCGGAUGAGUUUACGGUUAAUACCACCACCAAUUUUGAAGACGGGAUCAAAAUUGGUGGUGGUGGUGGUGGGAAUUGUUCUGUUUCCACCAGUACCGUCACUGCUGCCGGUGCUGCUGCUGGUGUUGGCACCGGUGGCAGUGCCAAUAAAGGGAAGAAAAAAGGCGUCCCGGCUAAAAAUUUAAUGGCCGAGAGACGCAGGAGAAAGAAGUUGAAUGACAGGCUUUACAUGCUCCGGUCUGUUGUACCGAAAAUCAGCAAGAUGGACCGAGCUUCGAUCCUCGGGGAUGCAAUCGAGUAUCUUAAAGAGCUGCUUCAAAAGAUCAAUGACCUCAACCUGGAACUUGAAGCCACCCCCCCAUCAAGCUCAUCAUUGACUCCCACCACCAUUGCCGCCGCUGCACCCACCGGAUUCUACCCAUUAACUCCAACUCCCACCAGUCUCCCUCCGCGAAUCAAAGAAGAACUUUGCCCCACCGCAGUCGCCAGCCCAACCGGCCAGCCUGCAAGAAUUGAAGUUAGGCAGAGGGAAGGACGCGCGGUGAACAUACAUAUGUUCUGCAGCAGGAGGCCUGGUUUGCUGCUGUCAACCAUGAGAGCAAUUGAUACUCUUGGCUUGGACAUUCAACAAGCUGUGAUAAGUUGCUUCAACGGAUUUGCUCUCGAUAUCUUCCGGGCUGAGCAAUGCAAAGAGGGGCAAGAUGUUCAUCCUGAUCAGGUUAAAGCAGUGCUGUUGGAGUGUGCAGGGUACCAUGGUGUGGCUUGAGUGCAGGUGUGGAAGUGAAGGGGAAUAAAGUGGUUUAGUGAUAUGAAUGUAGUUGUUGUUUCCGUUUUCGUUUUCGUUUUGUUUCGUAUGCAGUGAAAUUGGCUGAAUCUAUGGAAUGUUUUGGUGUUGGAAUUGGAAUGAAUCAUGUUUUGUGGAUUUUGUGUU